AUGCGCUCGUGGCCGGUCCACUACGUGUACCUAGUAGCAGUCAGCGAUGUGGCUGGUGGCGCCGAGCAGCAGGUGCUUGACAUUGUUGUGCGGUAUACAUCACCCGAGCUGUCGACGAUUCUGAUCGCAAAGUACGAGACGCAUCCUGCCGACUACCAAGUGCACGCCGAAGAGCUCGCACAUUUCGCGCGGGCGAUCGAGAUGAAAGCUCGACCGAAACGCUUUAUCGAAAAGGAGGUCUUCGCAUACGUGGAUGAUUCCACGCCGCGAAAGGAAUCGCGUACCUGCUACGGAUGUGGCAAGAUGGGAUGUGUUAAAGCCGAAUGUCAUAGCAGGAGGACUGGCGACAAAAAUAGCAGCCGUCGCGGUAAGAGCGGCGGCAACACUGUGCUUGCGAUUGGCGAAGGCAUCGGCAAAAAAGACGAGCGUCGUGCCAAGUGUAACCUGACACUGGCAAAUAUUAGUGACAGUGACGAAGAAAGCGACGACUAA